GAUUCACAACGCGACGAUACGGGUCAGCUGUACCAAGGUGCGAUGUUGGUCGCCAGUUUCGAAGAUUUGUUGUACUUCUACACGUUAGAGCUCCGAAAAGUAUCAGGGACGAGUCCGCAGUGGCAGCUGAUUCUGCUGAAAAAGGUGCAGCUUUGGUCGACGCUGAGUGCGAUUCGCGUGUUCAACAGUGGAACGCUCUUCGCGCUCGACAGAGACAUGAAAGCUUAUCUGUUCCAAGUGCGACAUAAGCAAAGCGUUGGAAUUCUGCCACGAAGAGACACACCGCCGAGCAGCGGGCUUUCUGCCGACGAGGACCGACUUGCGUUGGUACCUUCUAGCGAAUCUUCGGUGUUCAUCAAGGAGGAGAAGUUUGAUGAGCAUUUCGUGUUAUUGAGUACUACAGACUACUCAACGUCCAAACUAGCGUAUCACCGGAAAGCGACGAUUCCUGACUCCGUCUCCUCCGCAUCCGUGGAGAACAACGCCAUCGUGGAACGCAAUCCAAAAUGUUUUCACCAGUCCAUCGUCUGCAUGGUCGGUUUGCACGUUUUUCAGCCGCAAAGUAACAACGGGGCGAACGGAGUCUCUUCCCCUGCGGAGACAGCGGGGGGAGAUCACGCGCCUCGCAGAACGUCCUCUGCGGGAGGUCGUGGUCGACGGGCAUCCUCAGCCGACGAAGAUUACUUCGCCACGACCUCCACGUCAGAGGACAGCACUACUUCUAGUAGACCACCC